GGUCACGCCCAGCGCGGCAUUAACGCCCCCCGGCGCGGGGCGCGGGUGCUCGGGCAUCCUCCGGCGGCGGCUCCUCGGCGCGGAGCGGGCGCGGAGCGGCUCCCAGCGCCAGCCCUGCGCGCUCCGCCGCCCUCUCUGCGCCGCCGGACAACGCCAUGAAGCCGGCGGUACUGGAAGUAAUGAGGAUGAACCGGGUGUGCAGGAUGGUCCUGGUCACUUCCGUGGGCUCCUUCAUUCUCGUCAUCUUCUAUUUCCAAAGUAUGUUGCACCCAGUAAUGCGUAGAAAUCCAUUUGGGAUGGACAUUUGCUGUCGAAAAGGAUCCAGGAGCCCACUCCAGGAACUGUAUAAUCCCACCCAGUUGUCCAACACAGCAAUUCUUCACCAGAUCAGACGAGACCAAGUGACAGACACGUGCCGAGCAAACAGCGUGUCCAGCAGGAAGCGCCGUGUGCUGACACCCAAUGAUCUCAAGCACCUGGUCGUGGAUGAGGAUCAUGAAAUGAUCUAUUGCUAUGUUCCCAAAGUGGCCUGCACAAACUGGAAGAGAGUCAUGAUGGUUCUGACGGGAAGAGGGAAGUACAGCGAUCCGAUGGAAAUCCCGGCCAACGAAGCCCAUGUGUCUUCAAACCUGAAGACCCUCAACCAGUACAGCAUCCCAGAGAUCAACCACCGCUUGAAAAACUACAUGAAGUUCCUCUUUGUUCGCGAGCCUUUUGAAAGACUGGUGUCAGCCUACAGGAACAAGUUCACCCAGAAGUACAACACCUCCUUCCACAAGCGAUACGGCACCAAAAUCGUGAGGCGCCAGAGGAAAAACGCAACCCAGGAGGCUCUGCGGAAAGGUGAUGACGUGAAAUUUGAAGAGUUCGUGGCAUAUCUCAUCGACCCACACACCCAAAGAGAAGAGCCCUUCAACGAGCACUGGCAGACUGUGUACUCCCUCUGCCACCCUUGCCACAUCCACUACGACCUCAUAGGAAAGUACGAAACGCUCGAAGACGAUUCGAAUUACGUUCUCCAGCUGGCAGGAGUAGGUAACUACCUGAAAUUUCCCACCUAUGCAAAGUCUACGAGAACUACUGAUGAAAUGACCACAGAGUUCUUCCAGAAUAUCAGCUCCUUGCACCAAACGCAGCUGUAUGAAGUCUACAAACUUGAUUUUUUAAUGUUUAAUUACUCAGUGCCAAGCUACCUGAAAUUGGAAUGAGGGAUGGGUUGGGGGGAAAGAGGGGAGAGAAGGCCUGUUUUAUUUAAGAUUUUUAUUUGUCAUAAUAAAUAUGGAGAAUGGGUUAUUUUGUAAAUUAAUAUUUUCUUUUUUUGAAUGAUGCUGCGAGCAGCACAGUCAAAAUUAUUUAAAUCAACUGUAAGAAGGGACAGCUCUCUUUGCAGGGUAACGGGAUUGUGAUGAUCUAGCUGUAGAAAUUAAUAAUACUGCUACACUGUUUAAACAAAUGUUAAUUGUGUUCUGGUGAAUUUCAUUGAUCCUGCAUUCCUCCAGUUCUAAUUAAUGUUAUUUAUACUUAUUUAAAACAUUGUCUCUUAGUAGGUUUCACUUCAGCAGCAGAGACAGGCUAACAUGUGGACAAAAGGAGUCUGGUUUUUUGCUUUCCUCAAUUUCCAGCUUGCUUUGGGUAAUAAUAUUCUUCCAUUAGGCAUUGAUGCAGAUAAAUAUGGGAAUGGUUCUGGAACCACAAGCUUUGAGAAGAUUGGUGAAAAUAAGUUCUUUAGAAAGUGAUGUUGUGCUCCGUACUAGUACAAAAUCUAUCUUUCUAGGCCUGAAAAGUAACCCGGAUUUGGGUAGAUUUGUGAGUGUCUAAAACCCAUAACUGAAGGAAAUGUGAAUGUAUUCCUUAGGAAGUUACCUUCAGAAGAUUCCUUUUAUAAGUCUUAAUGAGUUUUUGAGAAUAUGACCACUCCUACUGGCUCUUAAUUUGAAGCGUCCCAGCCCAUAUGAAUUGGGGAUGGUCCAUCAGAAAAGAAUCAGCAUUUGGAAAGUGACUGUAAGAGAUUUUUUGAAUGCCCAAAGCAAUUUGCAUUGAUUUAAUUCAUAUCCAGGACGGAGCUGUGGGAACAUCCAUCCUCUUCAAAUCGUGCUUCCCUAAUUGAUCCCAAGAUGGGCAACCAAAUCUGACUAGAGACACACUGGUAAUGAUACAUUGCUGUAAACAAUCUGCGCAUGCCAUUUGAAAAUUCAGAAAGUUGUCUUCAUGUUGAUUCUCUAAGCAUGCAAGGCAAUAAAAGAGGUCUCAUCUUCCUAAAUGCUGGUUUCAUGGCUUUUUCCUACGGAGGAGAAGCCUUCUUUUUUAGCUGAUGCCUAAAUGCCAUUGACAGGAAUUUUUCUAAGUUCCAAUGUGUUAGAAAUUCAUGUAAGUCAUCUCUAGUGUAAGACCAUGACCUUUUUUCUUAAGGGGAAUAUCUCAGUAGCAGUUGUUUUGUGUUUAACAGCUUUUUGGGAUGGCAGAUUGAUUUGGGUAAGCAAAUAUUAAUCUAUACACAGCAGAUAAAACAUGAAAAAUGGGAUUUCAGUGUGGAUCUGUUAGCCAGCUAGUGGGAGCAGAAGUUCAGGCUUCUCCAGAUGUUUGUUUCAGUUGAAUGCAGGUGAGAGAAUGCUCUGUAGCCACCUCAACAUCCACAGGCAGCUGAUGGGCAAAAGGAGGCAGAGGCUAAAUUGAGGCACUUGUGAAAAAAUCUGUUUUAAAGUUGAUAGAUGGUUAAAAAUGGGGGGUUUAACUUGCCUGCAUGUCAAUCUUUUGAUCAAAACAAACCCUUUCAAAAAUGACUGAUGAUAUAAAUAAACUCAGCUGAAGGCAGAGCUGUUUCAACAAUAUCAGAGCCAGAUCCUGAAAAAUGUCAAAUUGUAGAGUAGCCAGUAAUAUCCACUGAUUUAGUUUCCAGGACACAGAUGUGAUUAAAGAAGAAAAAUAGUUUGCAUUUUAUUUGAUAAAAAUAAGUUGCUGAAUAAAUCUCAUUGAAAAACAAAAUUAACAUAACAAACAACAACUGAAGUCCUUUCACAAUUGGAUUUGGUCCUAGGCAGGAUUUAGGUCAUUAUUUUUUCUACCUUACCAUACAAUUAAAUCUCUUAUUCAUUCUGGAACAGUCACAGUUUUCAUAACCCAGCCCCUAUUUAUAACCUGGAGCACGGGACCAGUGGCUGACAAGGGCCUGGCUGACCCCUCUGAAUUCCUGAUCCAUUGCUGAUUACUGGCUGUUGUUUUACUUUAAAGCAGUUUAAUCUCAUUUAGAGUAUGUGGAGCUGUACCUCUCACAGUGCCCUGGCUCUCUAAUGUUCUUAGUUCAAUGAUUGUAUGUUUGUUUAAAAAAAAUAAAUUGUCUGAGGCAGGUUCCCCUUUCCCCGCCCCCCCCAAUAUUUCCUACAAGCUAUUUCUGUGCUAGUUUGGUCUUGCAUCCCAUGGUGCUCAUAUUUUGGUCCAGUUUUCUUCUCAGUCAACUCUUAAUCCAUUCAGCAGAAUGUGAUGUGAUUUUUUUCAUUUAAGACAAAAGUUGGUACAGAAAGUAAAUAUUUAAAGAACAGGGUGUGCUUCCCCCUUUCUUUUUGUACUUUUCUCUGGCACCAUCACCACAUUUUUAUGCAUUCUGGAAUAUUCUCUGUAGUUUCACAGCUUUGGAGACACCAAACCUCUAUAUGGUAGCUGUGAUAGGAAAGCUUUAGGUGAAAAAUGUGUUCAGGAGAUCUGAUGACCGUUGCUCCAGCCAGGAUUUUUAGCAGUUUAGGUUGGAUUACCUAAAUUCUGGCUCCCCACAGAGGGUAGCUCUAUGGGUGGAUGCUCAGCACUGAGAAAGCUUUUAUGUGGACUUCAGUGGGUGGUUGAAGUCACUUUAUUUUGAAAAAUCUUGAUCCCAAACUACUACAACCUGGCUAUUUAGUGUGUUAUAUCUACUUUGAGGUGCUGUGAAUGGGCUGUAGAUCUGUGUUUAAAAUUAACAGCUGACAUGCUGGAUAUGGUCCUGUGCAGUGAGCAGCAAGCCCUCACCAGCUCAGAGCAGGAUGACAAAAGUUAAGGAAUAGCCAUUUCUUUUGGCCUAUUGGGCAUGCUGUCUUGACUGAGCCAAAAAAUCUGUUUUUCCACUGCAGCCACACAGGAGGACAUUCAGGGUUGCUCAUGCUCAUGUCAGUGAGCUGGCAGCCACCACCUGCACUGGGGGCCAGCCAGGGAACCGGGUUGGUUUUACCCUCCAACUCUUCCCUGGGUCUCCCAGCUGGAGGAGGAGAGGGGCUGGUCUGCUCCUGAGUUCUGCCUCUCUCCCAGCUCCAUUUCUGCUGUGGCCACAGCAGAUCCUGGGAGACAAACAGGCAGCAUGGAGCCACAGCAAAAUGUAAAGUACAGAUGUGCCCGUGGGGCUGCAAGGGCCACCCGGGAAGCUGCUGUUGUAGAAGGGUGUGCAUCAAUUAUGUUGAGUAGUGAUGAGCACAGAGAGGACACAGUGGGGGAAUUCCUGCUCCCCACCUCUGUCCCCAGCCCCCUCAAAACUGCUGGAGCAGUGAUCCUCAUCUCUGAGCAGCUGUUGCCUCCCUGUCGUUUGGCAGGGCCAGGGCUGAGCCCAGCAGUGCUGGUGGCUCUGUACUUGGCACGAUACCCACAGCUGAGGGGUCAUGCUCCCCCCGCCAAAUGGCAUCAAGCACCUUAACCUGGAGUGCAGGCUGAAUUUGGCCCCUCUGAACAUGAUGGAGAAUUCUGGGUGGUGGGAUGGUUCCCCCAAACCUGGCUCACUCCAUGCUUCAGCCUCUUCAUAAACCAUGUCCAUUACGACAGAAACGUGCAAACUGCCUGAACCAUGCGCUAAGACAAGUGAAAUAAAUAAUCCACAAGCAGAAGUGCUUUUAGAAGUAAGUUGACCCCUGAAGUUUUAGGGUUUCACUGUAGUCUGCUGCACUUUUCAGGUACAAAAAGGGACUGUCCUUACUAUUACUCUUGUUACAGAGAGUGUUAUUUUCUUACAUGCAUGCACAAUACAAUGUGUACGAAUAAUUUAACAUCAAUGUGGGGUUGGAUUUUUUUUUUAACCUAUUUGUAUGCAGUAGAAGGCUUGUUGUAGAAAAGUAUCUCCUCAUACUUAAAUAUACUGUUAAUAAAGCAAAAAAGAUAAAUUAUACAUUGCCAACACAAGUGUGAACUGCUCAUGAAUCUUUCCUUAAAAAAAGCCAUUCAAGCCUGAUUAUUUUUCUAAGUAACUUCAAUUAAAUUGAAGAAAGAAAA